UUGAAACGGCUGUGGCGGUAAAACGAGGCACCUCCUUGCUCAGCAGGCAACAAAACAUUGUUUUUACCAAAACAAUCUGACAUCGAAGAUGGUUGAAGGUCCGGGGUGCACAUUAAACGGGGAGAAGAUCCGUUCGAGGGUCCGUAAAGGACAAGACGUGAAAGAGAUGAGAGGCGGCAUGUUCACGGCGAAGUGUCUUUCGCAGGGAAACGACACGGAGAGAAACAACGCCAUCCAACGGCUGAAAGGUUGUCAGUACACCGGCGUGGACACCCUGGGGAAAGAACUCUUCUUGUAUUUCGGUGCAGACACGAUAAGAGUCCACUUUGGCAUGAAUGGCUCGAUGCGAAUCAACUCUGCUGAGAGGAAACACAGCAGUGGCUCACUCCCGGUACUGGAAAUACACCUGACUAAUGACACCGUGUGCUUCUUCGACAGCACUGUGGAAAUGAGGUUGACAGACGACUGCGAGCAGAGGCUGAGAGCUCUUCAGGCCCUGGAUGUGUGCUCCCCGAAGUUCAGCUUCACCCGCUCGGCGGAGGCAGUGAGACGGCGCGGAGGCAGGAUGCUCUGCGACGUCCUCCUCGACCAGGCCGUCAUGCCGGGAGUCGGCAACAUCAUUAAAAAUGAAGCCCUGUUCGACGCGGGCCUACACCCGGCCGUGAAGGUUGAGCAGCUGUCAGAACAGCAGGUCCACCACCUGGUGAAGAUGACGCGUGAUUUCACUCUUCUCUUCUACAAGUGUCGCAAGUCUGGCUCUCCCCUGCACAAACACUACAGCGUGUACAAGCGCCCCCAGUGCCGCCUGUGCGCCAGCGCCAUCACGGUCUGUCGUCUUGGCGACAACGGCAGGAUGACGUACUUCUGCGACCGCUGUCAGAAAGCGGAUGCCGGAAGCGUUAAUGUCAGCAAACUUCCUGUCAGGAACAGUCUGAUCGGCUGGGUCAGCAGCAGGGGAGCCGAUGAAAACGUAGCAAGGAAGGAGGAGGAAGACUGGGCCUGUCACCUGUGCACCCUCAUCAACCGGCCCAGCGCCAGAACCUGCGACGCCUGCCUCACUCCGAGAGCUCAGGUUCAACAAGAGGCCACCGUCACUGAUGGAUGGCCGCCGCCCUCCACCAGUCUGGUGAGGUACCCCUGCGCUGCCUUCAAGAAGCCUCAGGAGGAGCGCAAACUCAACUGGCGCGCCGCAUUUGGGACUUCCACGCUGAUUUUCUCAGACUUGAGCGAGCAGCUGAGGCCCGCGGACUCCCCGCUCUGCGGUAAUUUGAAUUCUUCGCCGCCCGAGCGAGACGGCCCGUUUAAAUCCGGCGCCUGCCAAGGGACGCCGGGACCCAAUUACGCCUCUGGUGGCAGGCAGAGGCAGCGCGCCCUACCGCCCGGUGGGGAAACGCUGGCCUCGUACAGUCAGCCGUCGAAGAAAAUGAAAAUUGAUCACGGCCCUUCUCCCGGUAACAAGUCGGGUGCGCCGGGUCCCACAGCCCCGCCUUGUUGUGCAUCCCACGGCCGCCCAGCUCUUCUCCGAGUGGUCCACAAGGACGGGGACAAUAAGGGACGACAUUUUUACGUCUGCUCGCUGCCCAGAGAGGCGCAGUGUAAAUUCUUUGAGUGGGCAGACUUGCACUUUCCUUUCUGUCACCACAGCAAACGAUGCUUGAUGAGGACCGUCCUCAAGCUCGGACCCAACAACGGCCGCAACUUCUACACCUGCAGCUUGCCAAAAAGUAAACAGUGCGAUUAUUUCCAGUGGGCAGUUAACGGACCGGGUGUAGCUAUCUGCUAA